AUGGCGCCGCCGUCAACCCUUGAUUUGUUUAUGUUAACAUUUAAUUGUGCCAAAAACUUUAUUGACCCCCCUGUGUUUGCGGCGCAUCUAUACGGGGCUUUGGAGGGGCAGCAGCGGAAUGCCACGGCGACGAGCGCGGCUGGGUCUGUAGGUGGUCAAGAUGGAACUGCCGGGGGGAGUCCGCUCCCAGACUUGGUUGUUUUCUCGCUCCAAGAAGUAGCACCGAUGUCGUACUCUUUCAUCGGAUCUUAUUGCCUCAACCCUUAUUACGCCCGCUUUGGAGAGGCUCUGAAUCUCGCGUCGGCGAAACUGCUACGCGGGGGAACGCAACACAGGGACGACGAAGCUGAUGGGGUACCUCCAGCCACGGAAAAUGGUGAUCGUCUGGCGGGGACAACGAAGACGACAGGGCCAACUUCGUCGCCGUAUACCCUAGUGCGGGCCAACAAUGUCGGCAUGACAGCCAUUUUGAUGUAUGCGCGCGACCCAACGUCGGUGGUACAGAUUGAGGACGGCGAGUGCGGGUUCGGAGCGGCGGACAUGGGGAACAAAGGCGCUGUCGGGCUGAGGGCAACAUGGAGCGGCCAUGAUAACAAGACGACGGAGCUCACUUUUGUGGCCGCCCACUUCGCGGCGAUGGAAUGGAACCUCAAGAAACGCAACGCCAACUGGCGCGCCAUUGUGUCUGGCAUGACGUUCUCCAACCCACGCUCCGUGCUCCCGGGCGUCUUCCCUGCGUACACUGGCCCGCCCACUCUAGAUCGCACUGGUGCUGGUCCCGCGCCCGUCCGCCUCCCGACCGGCGAGAGCCCUGAACCAAGCGAGGAGGAACAGGACGAGGAUGAAGACGACACCGACCAAGACGAUGCUCAGCCCCUUCUACCCCAAACCGACCCCGCGACCUCGGCCAACCAGACCCACCCCCAGACCCUGGCCGCGCUACACAACCUCUCAGUCUACAAACCUACCUCCUACCUUUUCGUCGCAGGCGACCUCAACUACCGCAUCGACUCCUCUACCCCACCACCAAACUCCACUUUUCCGUCCCCAGACGAAGCCGACCACUCCGCUCCAGACCACUACUCUCACUUUCUCCCGCGCGACCAGCUCACGCGCGAGCGCCAGGCCAACCGCGUGCUCCACGGCCUAUCCGAAGCGGAGAUUGCGUUUGGGCCAACGUACAAAUUCGAUCUACUCUCGCCAGGGGAGGAGGGGGCUGCGAAUCAAGAGGAGGUUGCGAAGGCGGCGGCGGCCAAUAAUGGAAGGAGAGACGAGAACGGGAUACCGGAGCCGCCAGAGGUCAUACCAUGGCGCUUCGCGCCACAUCGGUGGCCGAGUUGGUGUGAUCGCAUCUUGUAUCUGGAUGUACCGGCGUGGGCCUCAGGGGCUGCCACAUCAGACGGGAAUGACAAGAGCCAGGCGCGGGUAGAUGUCAGCGCGUACAACGCUUUCCCUGUCCUCGCAACCAGCGAUCACCGACCUGUCUUCUUCCGCGCCACCGUUCCCCUGCUCGGGGCCGACGAGAUGCGGCCACCUCCUGACGCUCUCUCCUCUGCCACCACUACUUCUUCUUCUUCUUCCCUCCCACCGGAAGACGGCACGAACACAAAACCAACACUAAUCGACCCCCGCCUCCGACUCCCCGUGGCAGUGGAUGUUCACGCGUGGGAACGGCGUGCCGCAGCCCGGCGCAAGGAGUUGGUCAUGGGUUGGACGGCCUUUGUUUGGAGCACACGUGAGGGGGUGAUGGUGCUGGCGACGGCUUUGUUGUUGGGGGUUGGGGGUUGGUGGUUGAUGCAGGUUCGGUAA